GUGCGCAAGGCAUACGGGGUACUGGAGCCAGGCGCCAUUCCGCGAGGUUGACGAGAAAGAAUUCGUGGAUUUUAAGGUCCAAGUUGCACGCUUUUUGCACUUUGGCGUUCGGCAUCGGGAGUCAGCAGGAUCGCGACCUGAUUCCAGAUCGAACCAGGCGCAAGCCGCCUUUCUGAGCUCUGUAAGUCUGCAAAUUGGGCCAUAAAAUCAAACCAUGUUCUGGAAGUACAAUGCUGGUGCCUGUUCUCACCUAGAGACACUACUUAGCAAAGAGGACGUUACCCUGGAAGAGGUCUUGGACGAGGAGGACAUAGUACAAGAAUGUAGAGUUCAAAACAAGAAGCUCAUUGACUUUUUAAUGCGGCCUGACAUUUUGGAGCGACUCGUAAGUCUGACCACAGAAGAGCCUUCAAUAGAAAUCGAGGAGAAACACCGAUUUCGACACCCGAACAUUGCUUGCGAAUUGUUAACUUGUGAUGUGCCCCAGCUGAACGAGCGCUUGGCCGGCAACGAGGCGCUGCUGAUCAAGCUCUACUCGUUCCUCCAAAACCCCAACCCCCUCAAUCCGCUGCUGGCCAGCUUCUUCAGCAAGACGCUGACUGGCCUGGUCACCAGGAGAGCCGAGCAGAACUGGUACUCCUAUCAGUUCACCUGCUUGCAGGUUUUAGAAUUCUUGAAGAAUCAGGAAGACGCCGUUGGCUUGUUGCUGAAACACCUGGGCACCUCGGCAAUCAUGGAUCUGCUCCAACGGCUUAUUACCGGCGUCGAGGGCAACGACAUGAGGAAAAACGCUCUCUCUUGGUUGGACGGGCAAAACGUGAUCCAGCGCAUCAUCCAGCUGAUGGGACCUGAAACCGAGCCCGAAAGACACUGCAACGCGUCGCAGCUGCUGCUUGAUGUGAUUAGAAUAUCGAGAGACAACUUCGGAACGUGUCCCGUCGAGAGCGGCGGACCCGAUCCGAUCCUAGAGAGACUAGAGUCGCCGGAAACUGCGUCGACCGUUUUGGACUUGAUGCUCUCUGGCGGGGACCAACGUAGUGAGAGCGCGAUUGUCGGCGGAGUCGCCGUCCUCCUCACCCUUCUCGAAACCAGUCGCAUCCCUUCGGAGGACAAUCCAGAAAAGAAUGAGAGUUUCUGCCAGAGCAACAUUUGCAAAGCCAUCGUUCCUCGACUCAAAGACCUUCAAGACGUGUUAUUAAACCCUCCAAAGAAAGCUGCGAUCAAAACGACGGCCGAACACCUCGAUCCUCCCUUCGGAAACACUCGCCUGCAAAUUUGCCGCCUUAUAACAGCACUUGCCGCCACUCGGGAGGCUCAGGUUUUAUCCACCCUAGCAGAAUUAGGCACCUUCGGCGUUUUACUGGAUUUGUUUUUUAAGUACAAGUGGAACAACUUCCUCCACUCUCAGGUCGAGUUUUGCAUAACAAUGCUGCUGCAAGUGCUGCCUUCUCCGGAAGACGCUCUUUUGAAUCAAACGGUGGUGAUCAAAAGCUCUGGAUCGAGUCCCUCGACUCCGCCUGCAGAGCUUGCAGACGCGGGAGACGUUCCAAAGAAGGAGGUGGAGGAGAAUGCGGAGGCGCCGCAGGUGGAGGAGGGGCAAAGCGGUGUUCCGGUUCCAGCUGUCGAUUUAAAUCCGCUUGUGAUCAAUUUGUUUGGUGAAAGUCGUCUGUUGGAGAGGAUCAUUGAGGCCUACAAAGAGGACGAUGACGGGUCAUUAUCUAAAGUUCGAAGCGGCUACUUCGGCCACUUGCUGCACAUCUGCAACUGCGUAGCGCAGAACGUGACUGACGAGAUGCUGGAGAGGCUGGUGCCGAGCGAGGAAACGCGGCGCCAAUGGAACGAGCUGCUCGACGGGCAGAUUUCCACGGUUAACAAGAUACAAUCAGAGUUCCUGGGAGGGCAGCACCCAUCCAAAAUGAUUGAGUCUGAAGAAAAUGAUUACCCUAUGAUUCCAUUUACGCAAGAAGAGACGGUUUUACAGAAUUUCACAGAGUUGCUCAGUUGUUACAAGUCGUCGCCCUUUUCCGACGGCUCCUCCUACGACGACAACCAGUUCUUUGACGGAGACGAUGUGUUGCAACAAUGCAGUCUGGGUGAAAUGAGAGUGAGAGAGGAUCUGUUCUCAAACAUGUGCAAAGAGAAGUCUGGUAUUGAAGAGGACGAUUUCGAGCACGAGCUCAACUUCAACUCGCCGACCUCGGCGAAUCCGCCCGUUCUGAGAGCCCUGGACAGUGACGACAGCGACGAAGGCGAGCCCCCGCACACCUUUCCCGCCGCCCCACCGGCCAGCAUGGAGGUGGACACUGUUGACCCCUGGGCUGAUGCGGCCGAGGCGUCGGACGCCGCCGCCGUGACCGAGGAGGACCCGUGGGGCGCGAGUGACGCUCCUGCAGAGAAGGAGAGCAGCGACCAAGACGGUUGGGCCAAUUUCUGUGCCUUUUCAUCCGCGACCGAAGCAGCCGUUGAAGUAAAAGACGUAGAAAAUAAUCAAGGUAGAGAGGCAGCUGAAAGCGCAUCGGAAGAUACAAAUGCUAAUCCCCCGUUUGACGUUUCCGAUGAAAAUUCUGAGCUUGUAGACAACUAUAGACCUUCGCCCAGGUUUCUUUCGCAAGGACUGAUGUCUGCUGACGGUGCGGUGGCAGAAUCGCCUGCAACUCCAAGUGAUACCUCAGCUGAGCCGCAACAAGUGGACCAGCCGCAAUCGCAAAGUCAAGAAAUCCCUGUUUCAGACAGUUGCACAAAAACGUCGUCCUCGGCCGAAGGUGAAGGAAGCAUUUAGUAGCGAAAUUUGGCCUCGUCCCCGCCCGCCCGCCCCAUGCUCAUUUUCGCCGCGCCCCCCGGAGAGAGGGGGCCGCGGCGGCGUUAAAAUAAAUUCCCCAAAAGCCGAUCGCAGCAGCACGUGCAAUUGUAAAAUAGGUCCGGCCGGCGUUGUUAGAGCAGGAGAGAUCACGUUUAUUGAUUGAUUGAUUGAUUGGUGCCUUGUACCAUAAAAUAUUCCACGAAGUAAUAUGUACGUAUAUUACGACAAUGUUCUGUGUUACGCCAUGCCACGCCGCCAGCCAGCCAGCCACAUGAUUGAUUCAUAUCUCGUUUUGCCCACCGUCGUCGUCGUCGUCGGCCUCGGCGCCACAGCAUCCAUUAUCGCAAAGUGCAAAAUGUUCCAUUUUGUUUUGUUUUCUGAAAAAUAUUGCUAGCCAAGAUAGUUCCGAUGGGGAAGAGGAAGUACCAAAACCCGCAGUUACCUACACACUGAGAUCCGAUUAACGUUUUUUUAUAUCUGAAAAAAAUUCUUUUGAUUAUUUUGUUUUUGGGGGGUUCGUGCGUGAACAUUUUCAAGUGCAGCGUGCGCUCCUUGGUUUGGAAAAAAUUAAGUGAAUGAUUGCUGGAUGCCAAAAGGAAACCCUUGUUAUCAUGUGAAGUGUUAAGAAAUUAGCAACUGUGAUGGAUAUUAUUCCAAAGUAGUGUCUUCAAAUAAGAGUUGUUUUUAUCGAGAUGAGAAUGCGCGCAUUACACACAUACACACACAACACAACACACACUCUAGUUAGCUCAAAAUCCAUGUCAAGUGUCAAAUUGUUUGCCCUGUCAUACACUUUCACUUUAUUAUUUUUCUACAUUCUUGACUACAACAACAUCGCAACUCGCCAGAAAAUCGUCGGAUUGGUUGCUUGAAAAUCUUCACUGUGAGGCCAUAACAUAGCCAAAGUUUAAUGUUGAGAAAAAUAAAUUAUUAUCAUCAGACCAAACAACAUA